AUAUAAAAAAAUCCCACCCCACUAAACAUUUUCGUGUAAAACCAAAAUCACACCCAAAAUCUUUCCAUUUUCUCCCAUCUCCCACCGAAUCCAAGAUCACCAAAACCCUGGUCAUUUCCCAUGGCUCCCAAAUCCCAACCCUAAUCUUCACUCCUCGUCGUCUUCCUCCUCCUCCUCUCCAAUGGAGAAUUACUCCUACCCGGACUCCCGCGAGUCCUCCCCUCGCUCCCGCGAAAUCGACUGCGAAACUGCCUCCUGGGCCGACGACCAACCACCGUCCGCCACGUCCACCUACAAGGUCAAGUUCAUGUGCAGCUACGGGGGCAAAAUCCAGCCCCGCCCGCAUGACCACCAGCUCGCCUACGUCGGCGGCGAUACCAAAAUCCUCGCCGUAGAUCGCAACAUCAAGCUCUCCGCUUUCGCCUCCAAGCUCGCCUCCCUCUGCGACACACCCAACGACGUCGUCUGCUUCAAGUACCAGCUCCCCGGUGAAGAUCUCGACGCCCUCAUAUCCGUCACCAACGACGAGGACCUCGAACACAUGAUGAUCGAGUACGACCGCCUCUACCGCGCUUCCGCUAAACCCGCAAGGCUCAGGCUUUUCCUCUUCCCUCUCGGCAACAACCCUUCCGCUAGCUUCGGCUCCAAUGAGAGUAAGUCGGAGCGGCAGUGGUUCGUCGACGCUCUGAAUUCGGUUCAGAUUGGGUCUCCCGAUGGUUCUUCUCCGACGGCUCCGGUCACGGCGUCGCCGACGAACCCUGAUUUCUUGUUCGGGUUCGAUAAGGGGUACUCGGCUGUACCGGUUCAGAAAUUUCCCGAAUCGAUUACUCCUCCGACGGUUCCCGAUUCGCUUGUGAAAAGCCCUCUGGUUGGAUCGGAGGAUCGGCAGGUGGUCGGAGAACAGGUGAUGUCUCAGGUGGAGAUUCAGAGGCAGAUCCAGGAGUUGCAGAGGAUGCAAAUCGCCGCUGGUCAUGAGCCGACGACGAUCUAUCAUCGGAAAAGCGAUGAAAUCGGAAAUCCUAGGGCUUAUACCCCCGAUUACUACUCUCAGAAACUUCCAGAAAACCCAGCACCAGUGCAAGGAUCUUCUCCGGUGGCAAUGCCGACACCUGUGCAAAUGCCUACUGCCUAUAUGCCGGAGAGGCACAUGAACACUGGGGGUUAUCCGGGGGCGGCUGGUCAGUCUGGACCGGAGCAGCCGGUUUACCUCAUUUCAACGCCGACCGGUGUGUACCAGGCGCCGGCUCAUAGACCCGCAACUGGACCGGUUGGUCAGGCGUACUAUGGAGUACCGCAGAGGAUGGUACCGGAGGUGUACCGGGACGCUCAGGCAUACAAUACUGCAGUGGCAGCACAGCAAGCUCAGCAAGUGCAGCAAGCUCAGCAAGUACAGCAAGCUCAGCAAGUGCAGCAAGCUCAGCAAGUGCAGCAAGCUCAGCAAGUACAGCACGCUCAACAAGCACAGCAGGCUCAUCAGGCAAAGGUUGGAGCUUAUAGUGAAGGGUUUGCACAGGUUGGAUACGAAGCGGUUGGGAGGCAGGUGUACUACACAACAGCUGGAGGUGUUGUUUCCUCAUAUCAAGCGGUGGCCCCGGUGGCCCCGGUGGCAGUAGACGGAAGACAAGGUGGUGUUGGUGCGUUGAAUCAAAUUCAUGACGGAAGAGUAGCAAAAGACUAAAAUAUCAUUAAGUGUUGUGAUUUGAGUUUUCCGAGCAACAUGUUGCUAACUUGCUGCUUUGGUUUACCAAGAAAGAUGACAAGAUGAAGAUAAUGGCAAUAGGUUAGUGUCAAGUUGAGUAUUAUAUAAGCUCAAUUAUGAAGUGCAAUUGGGCAAAUUUAGAUAAGCUUUGCUGCGUUUGUGAUGGGAUCUGCAUCGAUAUAACUAUUUUAUUCAAAGCUUGAAGUUUUGGCAUAUCUUAUUUAUGAGCAAUUUGACAAGAAGAAUGCUCCAGCUCUCGUUUUCUUAAAAAAGAAAUAUAAACUUAUUUAUUUGGUGAAAGGGAGUUUGUACUUUAUGUGUAGAUUAAAAGAUUGUUAAUUCUUCUGUUUUGGUGGAUAA